AUGGAUGCCAAAGAAGGUGCAUUGGAAAACCCUGUUGUGGAUAAAAUUUGUGAUAAAUGUGGCCAUGGCAAGAUGAGCUAUGCAUGUAGACAAACACGAUCUGCUGACGAAGGACAAACAGUAUUCUAUAUGUGUUUGAAAUGCAAUUAUAAUAUGGUGGAAAAUGCAUGA